AUGGACGAUUCAUCCACCGGUGGUUCACAGCAUCCUCGGCUGCCACUAGGAUUCCGCUUCCACCCCACGGAUGAGGAACUGGUGGUGCACUACCUCAAGAAGAAGGCCGCCGCCGACCCUCUCCCGGUGUCUAUUAUAGCUGAAGUUGAUCUAUACAAAUUUGAUCCAUGGGAGCUCCCACCUAAGGCUACGUUUGGAGAGCAAGAGUGGUACUUUUUCAGUCCGAGGGACAGGAAGUACCCUAACGGGGCUCGACCAAAUCUGGUUGUGCACAUCACAACGCCGCUUUUUGGGAGCCGCUGCGAGACGUUUAGUUGUGUUGAGGUGGUUUCUUCGCAAAUGGUAUUUGAUCUGACUUCUAGGUGUGCUUGGAUCAUUUGCACUAUGCAUCGAUGCGCAUGGCGGAGAAUAAUCACUGUGCGCAACGAUGAACAGUUGUGUGCAGCAGAAGAGCAAGGCGUCGUUGCUGCUGUGAGCAGCGGCACCUUGCUUCGCCACCACUGCUCCUGGUUGGGGAUGAACACUUUGAAGCUUGGUUAUUGA